UGCUCUCAUCAAUUGAUUUAAUGUGCGCAUUAUAUCAAUUAUUGCUUUCUUCAAUUGAAUUAUAGAGCGCAUCAAUUCAAUUGUUGAUAGCAUCAAUUUAUUUGAAGAGAUCAUUAAUUCGAUUAAAGCACGCAUUAAUUCAGCUGAAGAAUUAAUGCUAUCAUAAAUUCAAUUAAUGCGCGCAAUAAUUCAGAAUUGAAGAUAUCAUUAAUUAUUUGAGUUUAUGUUAAUUUGGCGCUCCAUAAUGAUUUGUCCAUUAACUACUCCCACAAUCUUCAAGUGAGGACAUUCUUCACAGUGUUUGUAUGGGUAUUGAAGACGUGGCAAGGAUUUUGAUUUGCUUCAUUUUUUUAAAAGAAAAUUACACGUUUUAACAGUAAACUUAGUCAGUUUUGAGGGAAUACCGGUAUUACAAAGUGAGUACAUGGGUUGUCCAUUUAACUCUUGUUUGAAAAAAGUACAGGUUGUCAAUUGGGGGGGGGGGGGAUUUUUGCACAGAGCAUUAGGUUUGUCUAUCUACCUUCUGUCCUAGUUUUUAAGCUAGGACCUUUUAUUCAUACAAUUGCAAAAGAAAGAAUAUCGCUAGCCUUGAUGAUGGCUGAUCUAACCCUCACUAAAGUUCUACAACUCGUGGCUUAAGAAAAACACCAUACAUAAUGGGAGAAUUAAUGUGGAUUAAAAGGUGUGAUCUAGGCAUGUCUACAGUGUGAAAUUUUAUUUCAACCAGGCCUGGCAAUAAUAUUUAUAAUUCACAUCUCCACACUACCGGGCCUGGACAUAAUAAUGAGCCGUUCCUAGCAAAGAGGUCCCUUUAUAGGUAUAUUAAUUGGUGCUAAAGUGCGACUUAUAGAGAACAUCCCUCAAAAUAUUAGAGCAAGGUUGAUUCUCAUUAAAAUAUUACAGUCAAACAAAGCUGACAAACAACUCGUGGUUGGUAAUUAUGACUUUUUACUUUACGAGUAUGCAAAAUUGUCUUUUCAUUAUCAUAUUUUUUUUUUUUUUAUUUUUUUUUUAAAUGUUGGAUAAGAUGAGGGUCUUUUUUUGCUAGAAACUGCUCAAACUACCGAGACUUAUAGUUACCCUUACUGGGAAUUAUAAUUAACACCUCCAUCCAAUUCUUUAUUUACUCAAAAUAUGAUUACUGGUAGAUGGCGUACAAAAGGUUAAGCAUGUAGGCAAGUGACAGAAAAGGUUUGCCACUUGUACCAAUUGCAAGAUCAAUAUUUACCUAAUGUUUAUUAGUUAUUACUAAUAAUGAUGUUCACUUCUUGGGAAUAAUUCAUUUAGGAAGAGUUCCAACAGGGAAAGCAGUGUGUGGAAGUUCAGAGUGCUGUGCUGCGUUGAGGAUUUAUACACAUCGAUUUCACAGAAACUACCAAAGGCAAACAUGAAUGAAGUGGCAAGCCAAGGCUGUUCACAAAAUACUUCCUUAAACUGUCCCCUUCAUGAUGAACAACAGAACCAUGAUUCGAUACCUGUCAUCUUAUUAACAUUCCUCAUUGGAAUUCUGACACUUCUGUUCAACAGUGGUGUAUUAGUUCUUAUUGUCAAGGAAAAGAAGAUAAGACUUAACCCGUACCACUUCGUUGUUCUUAUGUUGUGUGUGAGUGAUUUUCUUGUAGGACUGGGGGCCACUUUGAGUAUUCUCCGCCGUACCAUUCCAGUUUUUCAGAUGAGCAAAGUUUUUGCGAUAUUCAACACUCUUUUAAUGAUAACAGGGCUCUAUCUGUCGCUCUACCACACAUUUUUGAUUAGCUUACAAAGGUUUUUUGUAAUAUGCAAAGAAAAAUGGAACUCGUAUAUUUUUUGUGAAAAUCGGAAGUACUUUGUAUGCAUCGGUGGUUCGAUCGUCAUAUUUAUAAUCAACUGUGUCCUUAUUUCGCCGCCAAUGGGUGAAUUUGGCCCACCUGUUAAUGUAAACAUAUUGUCAUUUGUCUAUAAUGGUCAUUAUGCGGUAUACUCAAUAUACAUAAGGUUUUUUACCCUGUUUCUACUAUCGUCUACAGUGAUUCUAUACCUAGUUACAAUGGCAUAUGUGCACAGAACAUACAGGAAAAUUAGUCCCAUUGUUGACUCCAACGCGUUACGUGUAAUUAAAAUCAACGUUCAAACAAUUGAGUCACAUCCCUCUGUAAAGGCAUGCACGCCACCUUCUGUACAAGAUCAAGUCAACGUCGGUCCAGGAAGAUCGCGCGUCGAACAUUCUAAUCAGAUGGAUACACUUAGACGUAAAAAGGUCGUCAGUACAUUACAGCUAGUGGGUCUGCUGAUCACGGUCCAUCUGAUUUUUACAGGACCUCUUCUUAUAACACUGUCUUGGAUUGAUACUAUAUCUUCUAGAACCAGGGGUAUAUUAUUAUGUUCCCCAAACAAAGUUUGGGAACAUAUUGUUUUUACUCUGUUUCUUAUUAUUAUUAUUAUUAUUAUUAUUAUUAUUAUUCUUUUUCUCCGGUACUUUUUUGUCCGGUAGUGUUCUCAGAAACUACAAAAGGGAUCGAUAUGAAACUUUCCAGGAUGAUAGUAUAGCGUUUGUAGAUGUGCAUAGUGAUAGUCAUUUUGUUUGCACGUGCAUGCACGCGCGCGCACGUGCAUUGCAAUUUUGGUACAAAAAAUGGAAAAUCAGAAUAUUGAAGGAAGCGAUAUAAAACCUAAAUAGGAUGAUAGUAUAUCAUUUGUACAUAUGAAAAAUAAUAGUUAUUUUGCCAGCACGCGCACGCAUGCGCGUGCACGCGCAUUACAAAAUUUGUACGCUAACUUUGGAAUCAGUCUAACUUUUUUGUUGUUCAUUGAAAUGGCUUGAAAUUCAUAUCAUAGGUAGAUAUUGAGACCCUUAACUGAUAUGCAUGGUCAAAAUUACCAAUUUGCACGCGCAUGCACGUGCGCUUCAUUUUGAUUGGAUAAUGCUAAAACGUUUGUAACUAUCUUAUUUAUAAAGCGAAUGAGAUGAUAUUCACAGCAUAUGUAGACAAUAUGUGUAUCUAUAUGUUGGUGGAACAAAAAAUGCCAACGCACACGCGCAUGCGCGUGCAACGUUUUUUAAAUGUUCAAUUUUUAAAGGACGAUAACGUUUUUGUUUUUCAUCAAAUUCUAUUCAUAUUAGGGGUUUAGAUGUAUCUUGGUACUCCUUACAAAUUGCUGUGGUUAGAAUUACUGCUCAUCACGUGCAUGCACGUGUGCUGAUUUCUGAUUGGACGAUUUUAAAAUCGCUAUAACUUCCUUAUAUUUGGUGGAAACGUUAUGAAAUUCAUACUGUGGGUAUAUGAUACAAAUGCCUGUUGAACGACAUCAACAAAAAUUCGGAAUCAUACACGCGUGCGCGUGUAUGCACGUGCAACGCUUUCUUUCAUUUCUUGGUACUGAAAUGACCAUAUUGAACGUACUACAUGUAAUUAAAGGCUAAAAUAAAAUGAUUUUUUCCUAUAGAUUCACAAGGACAUCAUUUUUUAAUUGGGGGAGGUUUGGGGAACAUCUGUAACGGUCCCCGUUACAAUUAGAACUAGUUUGGUUUGUUUUGCAUAAAUUCAAUGUUGAAUCCAUUCAUAUAUGUGUGGAAACUGGUAGAUAUCAGGGGGAUUGUCAAAUCAGCACUAUGUUGUUACAAAACAUAGACCUUUGGUAUAUCCAAGGGUCCGUGUUUCCUCGACAACUCUCCAUUUUUGUAUUCUUUUUAGGAGUUAUGAGAUUGAUCAUUGUUCGUUAUCUUCACGUUUUAUAGAUAUGCAUACCAAAUAGAAAUCGGCAGACAUUGUCCGAUUUUACUACUUUUAGAAUUGACUGAAUUUAAGUGUUCUGAAUGCGAAAGUAGUAGAUGAAUAUCAACGAAAGUGUCCAUUAUCAAACAGAGUGUCAGAUUCAGGUUAGAAUUUUAGAAUAUCUAAAAUGUUUUUGAGAUGUUGUUUCUUGUGCGUCAUAAUGUUGUGUGAUUGUUUGUUAAAUAAAGAUAGAAAAACUUUACGAGUACUGUCAGUUUGAUAUUACAUUAUGCUAUUAGAAAAAGAAGAUUUUAAGAGGGUGUCCAUUAUGAUACCAUGCAGAGGUCGGCACAUGCUAUCUCUCAGAUUUUCAUGAAACUUUGUGCACAGGUUCCUACUGACCCCAAUAUUAAAUUUGCCAAAUAGAAAGUUUCUAUUAUGUUUAGUUUGGGUUCGACAUGAAAAAAAACAAAAAAAACCAUAGAGUUAAAGUAGUGGUCAUCAUUUGAUUAUCUUUGUCAGCUG